AUGCUUCAGACAUACGCGAUACCUGCAGGAUUCAAACCAGGUCGUAUUUCAAGGAUCAAAGACCUCGUCUCUCAGACACCCAUUCUCAAGUCACGACACAAAAGAGGUCUCCGGACGAUCAGAAAUGUUCACAUCAUUACUGACAUUGCCGCCGACCAUAACGGGGCCUCGCUGUUCGAUGACUCAGUACUGGACCCCUUUAUCUCCACGGCAUACAAGCAGGCUUCGGUCACAGCCCUGAAACCAUACGGGCUGCGCGCAUGCGAAUUUUGGAACAUCUGGAAUCUUCUUCAGGCCGAUCUUGCCAGCCCUCAGUCAAAGUUGAAGUCGCCCUCGACCAGCGAGGACUGGCACUCGGCAGUUGCACGGCUCUUGGCAUCCUUCUUCACCGAAAAAGUGACGCUAGCCAUUUCUUCGCUGAGGCUUUCUGUUAUGCUUCCUUUGAAGGGCGGUCUGUGGGUCGCUGCCAACGACGGAGUGAUCUAUCUGCCAGCAACUGCCGGGAUCUCAAUCCCGCCGGGCGUUAAAAAGCAUGUCCUAGACCCCACAGCUGUUGCCAAUGCGGACCGCAGAGCUCUCUUCGAGCAUCUAGGGGCGGUAGAAGCAUCUGUCUCGGAGGUACGCAAGUCCGUCUUGGAGGCUCUGUACAGCCCGUCUUCGCCCAAACAUGUCGACGUCGAGAAAUCCAGGGCCCAACUCCAUUUCUUGUACCUCUCUCACGAUCGCAGGCAACCCGGUGAAAGGCUCGGUCAGAUGUUUCUCUACAAAGAAAACAAUGCCACUGGGAAGACAGGAGAAGAAGACUUCUACCUGCACGGUAGUAACCCAUACGGGCCGGAAGCUCUUCUCGGACCAAUUGGUACUUGGCCAGGCCUUGAGGUCACGUUUCUUCAUCCAGCAUAUCUUGAAUCUCCACCUAGCCCCCCGACUGCAGGUCAUCCCUCGUGGAAGGUUUGGCUCUAUAAUUACUUCGGCGUCCGUAGGAGGUUGAGGCUUAUCUCUCGGGACCGACGCGAAAUUUCGGGCGAGUUUGCCUCUGUCCUGGACUACCGCCCGGAUAAGUGGCUGGGCCUGUUCGAGUACCUCUGGCAGCACGAAGAGUCAUUGUUCAAAGACAAACACCAUCUCAGAGAAGAGUUGAGCGGGCUCCCGGCAUAUGCGCUUUGUAAGCCUCCCUUGGAGAUCUCCUGUUAUUUGAAGGACUCGUAUCUGCCGCUACCACACCUCCAACAACAAUGCCGGCGCUUUAUGGGAAAUGACUCUACACAUUUCCCAUUUCUCAGUCUCGGAGGAACUGAGGAUGAAGAGGCCUUCCUUACAAAGUGGCUGUUCCUCCACACAAAAUUCCAUGUGCGCAAAGAGGACGACACACGGUUUCUCCUGGACAUGCUCCUUCGAAUAUCGAAUGUCGACUCCGCAAGUGCGCUGGCCGACAAAUGCCAGACGAUAAUGGAUAUAUAUGGCGCCAUUGAAACUAAAUUCCAGGCCGCUACAGAUCGACAAGCUGCCAAGGAUGCCAUUGAGCAUUUAUUCUGGGAGACUGAAGAGGCUGUCAUCCUGAUCCCCUCACGAGGAGCAUCCGAGGCGGCCUGGACGGUUGCCAGUUCUUGUCGCUGGAAGGCAUCACCCGACAUGGUUUCGUUAUUCCCACUCGAGCAACUCUAUUCCCAAGUGGGCAGCGAGGACCAAAUGAUGAUUCUUUCACGUUUCUUUUCGAAAACACUCAAGAUUGAUGAUGUGUCCUGGAGGGAUCUGCAGGGAGAGCUGGCGAAACUAAGGGAUCAGGGCUGCGAUGACCUCGACCGCAUCCGUGGCGUGCGAACAUUCGAGGACAACGCCCUUAUAUUCGUCGUGAAGGACGGUCAGGCCGGCUGGUACAAGACAUGUGACUGCCUGCGGUCCAGUACGACAGAUAUCAGUGGCAAGGUCACGUUGAAUGAUGACUACGAAGACUUGAGAGAGCUGUUCGUGGAAAAUCUCGGCGUCAAGACGCUAACACUCCAGAUGGUAUAUGACGAGCUGCUGCAGACAGACGCGCAGGCGUCGACUGACGAUGUCAAGGCCAAACUCUGGUCGCUGAACGCGCUCUUGCAGACAGAGCAGGAGCUCCCUGACCCUGUGCCGCUCCGUAGGAUACCCAUUUUCCCCGUGAAGUACGCGAGUGGCGCUACAGCUGAGAGGACGAUCGAAACGGAUUUUGCCAUCGUCGAUAACGAGUCAUUGGCGGAUAAAUUCAGGAGCCGGAUCAAGUUGCUCGACUUCAGCAGAGAGGAGGUCCUGCGUCUGAAGCCUUUUCUCGGAUGGGUUGGACUCGCGAAUCGAUAUCUGUCAGCUGCCGUGAGGGAGAGCACGUCGGUUGCCGAAGCCGACUCGAGGCCCAUCUCCACCCCAAACCACGAUAUCAAGCGGAAAGCGCAUGCGAUCUCUCGUAUCGCGGCUCAUUUCAACAGUCCCCGAUACAAAGCCGGACCCAGCGAGUUGUACCAGCUGCUGCGGAGCGCUGUGACCACUGAAACCACCGGCAUUUCGUCCGUGCUACGGAUAUCCCAGGACGGGCGGUCUACGGAGCUAGAGACUGCGAUUGGUGACCUGCACAUUGAUGACAGCUCGUCGCACCUCUCCUUCUUCAUCCCUGAAGCAGUUGAGGAAUCCGCGGUCACGGCACUUGUUACGAUUUUGGGCGCCGAUCCAGCGUCGGUCGAUUUACUUCUUGAGCGCCUCGGCAUCAUAAACAUAUCUAUCCAGAACGAGGACGUGAAUGUGGCCGAAGAUGAGGAGGAUGAAGCUUCCGUUGCCGUAAUAGGUGACGAUGCUGAAUCUUUGGUGCAGCUCAUGACGCCGGACACGUCAGCGAGCGAGCGAGGACCGGCCAUGGCGACCGAGAUCCGACUGGCGCCCCUUUCUGGAACGCAUCCCAACUUGUCGAGCAACGACGUUGAGGUCACGCACACGGUCUCUCGACAUAGCCAUAUGGCCUACCAUUCGGUCGUCCAGCCACACUCUACCCUCCCAGCAUAUCAUGCGACGAAUCUUCAAGGGUCAACAAGUGAGGAUGCUCAGUACCUUCGGCUGCUGACGAAGGUCGUCGACGCGGCGAGGCAAGCCGUGUUCCCGUCGCAAGGCAUCUUUGGCAUGAGCAACCUCCGAGACGCACUUCUAGAAAGACCAAUCAACGCCUGGCACGGCGGUUUUGACGGCCCCGGCAACGAGAGCCGGUUCCGCUCUACGAGUCAACUUGAGCCUGACGGGGAAAUUGGUGCCGCUGGCGAGCUAUACGUCUUUGAGAUGCUGUCCCGACUACUUCCCAGCCUCCACGGGUGGAGUCGCGAUAACUGGCAGAGCACGAUCCGGCAGUACGUCACGCUCCACCCGGAUUAUCAGGACAUGCCGCCAUGGAAUGGGCAAGAGACGGCCGACAUGACGUAUCAAGACGUGCGUGGCGAGCUCACAACAUGGCUCGAGGACCAUGGCUAUCUUGACGGGGAAGGGUGGCGGGAUGCCCGGCCGAAAUACUACAUCGAAGUCAAGACGACCACGGGGCCUUACAAUACGCCCUUCUACAUGAGCAAGGCUCAAUACCAGCGGAUGCAGGACAUUCGCAAUGCGCGUGGGAAUGAUGAGGUGUACACGCUCCUACGCGUAUUUAGUAUCGAACGUGGCGGCAUUGGGCUGUGCGUGUAUAUGGAUCCGGAGAGGCUGAGGGCGGAUGGCCGUCUGGAGUUUACUGGGGAGACGUGGUCUGUUGUUCCUUCGGCGGAAUCACGAUGGAUGUGA